CGUCACUACCCCAAAUGCCCCCAAUGCCAGCGAUAGUGACGUUGUCCGUCUUCUCCAAUCUCCAAAAGGUGUCGAUUUCAAAGUCGUUGAUUUCUAAUGCGAGGACUAAUCACCCGUCCAUCAUACAGCUACAUAAACCAAGCAAACUUCUUCUGAAAAUGCGAAGUCAGAGCAAACAUCAUCAGUUCUUCAAGUCAUCUUUGCCUAGCUAACAUGCCUCACAACAUCCUCAUCACUGGCGGCUCCGGGUACCUCGGCGGUACUCUUCUCGCUCACUUCCAACCGUUCGGACUCUCGAACUACAACAAGCUUUUCGCAUUAGUCCGGACGCCCGAACAGGCUGAAGCCGUCAAACAAUACGGCGCUGAGCCUAUCACCUUUUCUCCAGAAGACGAGGAAGCGACAAAAAAAGCCGUUGUCGACAACAAGAUCACCAUCGUGUACUUUUUGAUGGGCGCGUACUACUCGACCAGCCAAGUCAACUUCAUCAAGGCGCUUGCCGAGUGCAAGAAGGCUACCGGCUCGCAGGUUCACUUCCUCUACACGAGCGGCGCCAAGAUGUUUUCCAGCCUUUCCGGAGCUCCGAUCGACCGGCCCUUGUUGGAUAAUGAUCCCGGCCUCUACGAGCAGCACAAGAACCAAAAGGCUCCGUAUGAGGAGGUGCAAAUCGCCACCAACACCAAUGUCACUGUCACUGAGGAGGGCCUGAAGCACGGCGUCAGGACCUACAUCUUCGUUCCUUGCAUCGUUUACGGCGAGGGUGAAGGUUUCGGCAACAAAAUCUCUAUUCAGACCGUAGACAUUGUCAUCGCGGCCAAAGACACAGGCCGAGUCUACAAACUCGACAAAGAGCGCACCACCUGGCCCGUCUGUCACGUCCGCGAUAACACGACGCUCUACCUCAGCAUACUACGCGCAAUCCUCUCGGACCAGAACCCCGACCACGGCAAAAACGGCUUCUACCUCGCAUCGCCGGGCAACGUCGCCUGGGAAGACAUGUAUGCGGCGUUCGCGCAAGCGCUUGCGGCAAAGGGCGUGAUUGACUCCGCGGAGCUGGAGCUGGUAGACGAUGUUUCGCUGGGGAAAAUGGCGGAGGCGUUGAAGGUGUCUGCGCCCAGUGUUAGGGUCAAGAUCUCUGGCCAGUCGACUUUCACGGCCGCGCAUGGAAGGUCUGUUGGUUGGGAGCCGGAGUUCAUGCCCGAGCAUAUUCUGGAAGCCGCGAGGGCUGAGACGGAGCUUAUUUUGAAGCAUUUGGAUGAUCGUCAUCGUGGCUUGCGGUAGGUUCGUGUUGUUGGGGCUUGAAUGGGUACCUGUCUGGGAAGGGCCGGGACAGCACGGAUGUGACGUGAUGACGCUGCGGAGGAACGUUACGGUGAAGGGAAUUGGAACGGGCCGCGCGAUCGGUUUGAGGAGCUGGUGAAGUUCGUGGAGGAGACGAAGGUGAGGCCGGCUGUUGGUCCGGUUUUUAAGUUUGAGGAGACGAGGGAUGCGAUGUUGUAUCUGGCGAGUGGCGGGCAUUUUGGAAAGGUGGUGAUUAAAGUAGGUGAUGAAUC